ACUAGGAAAACGAAUGCGUAGAAUAAAAUUAUCGUGCUCUCUUUGAAAUUCUCAUUCAUCGUUCAGAUGAUCAAGCAAUCGAGACACUUAUAAAUUCAGAAUCUUGAAAAUUCUAUUACGGGAACUAUAAGAAGUUACCAACAAUAAUUGAUAAGAUGUUCCUCCUUGUCAUAUCAGGGUUUCUUACACUCCUAUUUGUGUUGCAUUACUUUACACGAUAUGGCAGAAUAGGAAAUAUUUCUAAUCGAAUUGCUGGACCGAAAGCAUUUCCCAUAAUAGGAAAUUUAUAUCAUCUUCAAAUUGACAAUGAACAAUUACUAGAAAAACUUUGGAAAAUUAAUAAGGAAUUUUCUCCAAUUAACAGAUUGUGGUCAUUAUUCUUUUCAUUAAUAACUAUAAUUCAUCCGGAAGAUGUCGAGAUACUUUUGAAGAGUACGCAACAUCUAGAAAAAACUAUACCUUACAAAUUUUUACAACCUUGGCUUUCCACUGGAUUAAUAACUGGAGCAGGAGAAAAGUGGCAAAACCGACGAAAAAUUUUAACGCCAACCUUUCACUUUAACAUCCUUAAACAUUUUGUUGUUAGUUUUAACGAAGAGGCACAGUAUCUCGUAACAUUACUGAAAGAAGAAGGAAAAGGAGGAUCAAUUAUCAAAGAUUUACAGGAAUUUUUACCUGUACAUACUUUAAACGCGAUAUGCGAAACGGCUAUGGGAACCUCCUUAAGAGGAACGGGCGAAUUUGAAACUAAAUAUCACCAUGCCGUUCAUGAUUUCGGCAGAAUAGCGGCCUAUAGAGUAGCAAGACCUUGGUACCAUUCCGAUACAAUAUUUGCAUUAUCGCAACGUGGUAGACAACAAAAGGAAUUGUUGAAAACGCUUCACGGUUUUUCGAAAAAGAUAAUAGCAGAAAGGAUACUAUUUCACGAACAAACUAAGGGGAAAUAUUUACAAAAUGUUGAAGAAAUGGAUGAGAAUCAGAUUUUUUCCGAAGAAACCGACGAAAAAAAUAAAAAUCCAAUAUUCAAGAAAAGACUGGCUAUGCUAGAUCUACUUAUAGCCGCUUCACUGAAUGAUAAUCAAAUAGAUGAAGAAGGAAUACGAGAAGAAGUCGACACUUUUAUGUUCGCGGGUCACGAUACUACGGCAAUGGCGUUAUGUUUUGCUCUGCUUCUUUUUGCAAAACACAAAGAUGUUCAGGAACGUAUAAGAAAUGAAGUGAAUACGGUUAUGCAACAAAGUGAUUGUAAACUAACUAUUCAAAUGCUUCGAGAAUUUUCGUAUUUAGAAAGAUGUCUCAAAGAAUCAUUACGUUUAUAUCCAAGCGUUCAUUUUAUAGCUCGUUAUAUAUCUCAAGAUCUGCAGCUGAAGAAUUUUUUAAUCCCAGCCGGUUCAAUCUGUAACGUAAACAUCUAUAGCUUACAUAGAAAUCCAAAUAUUUGGAAAAAUCCUGAUGUUUUCGAUGCGGAUAGAUUUUUAGCAGAAAAUACAAAAGGACGUAAUCCUUAUUCCUUCAUUCCAUUCAGUGCAGGACCAAGAAACUGCAUCGGGCAGAAAUUCGCAAUGCUUGAACUCAAACUUAUGGUAGCUUACAUAUUGCACAACUUCUAUUUGGAACCUGUUGAUGAACUGGACGAAGUUAAAAUGAUAGGAGAUACUAUAUUAUGCUCAUCAAAACCAAUUCGUGUCGAAUUUAUACCUAUAAAAUAAUAGUACAUCAUCUUUAUCGGAAUUGCAUGCAUCAUUUCGAUGGUGUGAUUUAUAAGGCGAAAUCAUCAUAUAUAUAAUGUUGGAAUACGAAAUAUAAUUACAUCUUUUUUCUGCUUAUUUUUAAUCUCUGUAUUUAAUUUCUCUUUUUUUUCUCUUCUCUCAUUCCUUAUUUUAUUCAAUUCUUUCAUAGCUGACACAGUGAUUUUCUCAAUUCUUUCAUUCCAUUUAUCGUAGGAGAUACAAUGAUUUAACAUUGUUGAAAUAUUCCAAUCAAUCAUUUUUGAUCGAUUUUCUCAUUUUGCCUUCGUGAUAUCUCAAAGAAAAACAUGAAAAACUCGACGACACACAAACCCUAUCCCUUGUUUUUUUCCUUUACAUUUCUCUUUCUGUUACAAAUGUCGUAAAACCUUUUAUCGCUGCAUCCAUAAUGUAACGGAUGUAAAAUAAUCGGACCGUAACUACUAUAGAAUGCUCGAUGACAUUUUUCUAUCGAUCGGUGAAUAAAGAAGGAUAUAAAAAUAAAAUUAAAGUGUAAGAACGUACAUGUAAUUGCGAGUAUUUGGAAUUCAUUAUUGAAAAGAAUAAAUUGUCUAAUCGUGAUUAAACGAACCUGUAGAUAUCAUUGUUAUCUCUUGUAUUUGUGUUAGAUCAAAUCUUUUUUGUAUUUUUUGACACUUCCUAUAUUUUGUAUAAUUUUUUCUUUAAGAAAUAAUAUAAAUAAUGCAUGUACUAUCUCCUUGAGUGUAUAAAUGAAAGAAUAUCCUACUGUUGUGAAACUUUUAUAAUCGAUAUAGAUAUAAUACUAAAUAACAAUUUAAUUAUCCUAAUAUUUAUUAACUUUAUUUUUAAUCCAAAUGUCUCAUGAUUUUUGAACAUUUACGAAUUUGUACUAACAUACCUAUCUAUAAAUUUAUGUAACAAAAUUAUAUAGAAAUUGUAUAUGCGUAUUCCGAAGAGCUAAAAUAUUCGACGAAUGAAAUUUUAUUUUUCGAUAA